CUUCGGUAUUUUGUGAGGACGACGUUUUUAUAAUUUUAACAUCAUAUAGCGUGUCAUCUGAUACAAAUGGUUACAAAUGAUACAAAAUGAGACUAGUGUAACCUUUUACAUGGACUGUUGACGGGUAUAGGCCUCAAUCAUUGUUCAUACGGUAGAAAAGGUGAUGUUGACCUUAAAAUCUUGUUACAUGUACAGAUCAACAUAUCAUUUGAGACGAACAGAUUUUAAAUGAUAAAUUGAUAAGUCACUUAAAUGUUAAGCGAAGGCAAGGAUUAAGUUUCUACAGAAACCAUACUGACAAUGAUAUAAUUGCUCUGUUCCAUGUCGCAGAUGUGGCAAGUGACACCAGAGACACUGUGAUAAGAUAUGUUUACCAAUGUAACCAGGCCCAUUUGACAAGCAACCACCCAGUAUGGAAUUAAAAGUUGAAUUCGAUCCCAUCAAUGCUCAAUGCGAAGAAAUCAUUCGAGACAUCGAGGGUAGGAAAAGUAUGCGCGUCGUUGCUAAGAGACGAACAAGUGAUUCUUCAAUCGGAGAUCUUGCUGAUCUGCUGGGAGUGGAUCCAUUUGAUUACGCACUUCCGGUUGGUGACACACGAACUAUUUUUGAUGACGUAAUAUCUGUGAAAAAUAGUAUCCCAUGUGAGCAGUCUGUGAGAAGAGAAGAGGAUCUUAAAGAAUAUGACGAUAUCAUGCGGGAAACUAAGCAAUGCACUCAUAUAAACGACCGCCGUUUCACGACAAAAUACAUUCCUAGCAUCCCGUAUACCCCAGCAUUCCGCAAAGUUGCAUUUGAAAAAUAUGCCUCAUAUAAACUGUUAAAAUCACAAAUUGAGUUCAAGCCAAGAGACACCAUAUCAAUAUCGAAAGAACACAAGAUACAUGUUGAGACAAUGAGAGAUCACACUAAGAUAAUAAAUGGUAGCGAGAAAGGUGACAUACACAAUCCUACAAUGUUGGACUCUAAAGAUGCGAUCAAUCUCAAUGGUAAAGAUCAAGCAAUGGAUGGAAAGUCAUAUCAAACGCCUAGUAGUAUGGCGAGAGUAGCAGAUGCUCAGCUCCAAUCCCUCGGAGUAAAAUUACUCUUAGGAAAAGUUAUCACGAUCGAUUGA